CGUACAGUGACUUUAUUUUUUCCCUUGAAUAUAGGGGUGCUGCUUGAUUGAUAAACACAGUUCGGGUUUUAAAAAAAAUCUAAGCGCGAAUUGGAAGAAUUGAUUAGAUGGACGGCUAUAGCGCCGGUACAGGAGGAAAUUAUGACAUUCCUGAUACGAAUGACAGACAACGCCCUAACACGAAUGACAGCCAACAGCAUAACACGAAUGACAGCCAACAGCCUAACACGAAUGACAGCCAACAGCCUAACACGAAUGACAGCCAACAGCCUAACACGAAUGACAACCAACAGCAUGAUACGAAUGACAACCAACAGCAUGAUACGAAUGACAGUCCACAUCAUGACACAGAAAACAUUCAGAAGGUUAACCUAGAGGUAAAGUCUCGUACAGCGAGCAGCAGCACGUCACCUAUCAGCACACUGUCAGAUCCUAUGCAGGACACAAUCCCAGAGACUGUGUACGACUCAUCAACUUGCCUCGGAUUAUUGACCGAUCCACACAAAUAUCUGGUUAGGAAAACAAACUCAUGGCCAGAUAAAGAUUCGGAGGACAUGGCCAAAUUACGAGAAGACGAGCAGAUGUUGAGCCAUGCUGAGUCUGUGUGUCUCGGGAUUCCAGACAACCCCCACACUCUAAAGGAAGGAAGCACAACAACAGCACCAGAUUCGGAGAGGUUGUCCAGUGUAACCACCAAUUUGACCAGCAGUCCCUUCACCAGUGCAGCAGACGUACUAAAACCGUUCACUUCCAUCAAUCAGCUCGUCUGCUGUUCUUUCCUAUCCAUCUUCUGCUGCUGCUACUUUGGCGCCGUCGCUUUUAGAAAUGCCAGGGAGGCGAAACUUAGUUCCAGACAUGGAUUUCCUGAACUUGCCAGGAAGGAGAUUAGAGUUGCCAGCAACAACCUAGCCCUGGCCAUAUUUGUCGGUGGCUGUGCUGCAUUUGUUGUUUGUUUGGUCGUUCUUAUGAUGUUAGGGUUCGAUGUACAGUUAUAUUAAUAUU